GUAUUUGUAUAGAAGACGAAGAGAUGCAGACGGAAAGAUCAGAGACAACGAACAAGAAAGAAGAAAUGCAGACUGAUGCGAGAAGAAAAUUGUUAUGCGAUCUGGUGAAGAAAAUCUAUACAUCAUCGUUUAGAAACUGGCCGAUCUUGAACCUGUUAAAGCCAGAAUUUAUCAUACAAAUUCGUAUGGUCAUGGUAUAUGGUAACGAAGGAAACAGAGCUCUAAUUGUGACGAGGGACAAGAACGUCUACAACUUAGAUUAUAACAAAGAUGAUCAUUUGAAGAUUAAUGAUACACAUAUUGGUCUUUAUCCAAAAAAGGUCAAAGAACUAUGUGGGAAAAACAUAAAGACUUUUACUUGCAACUCAGCUUUUGUUCUGGCAGUUACAGAAGAAGGAGAGGUUUAUUCCUGGAAAUUCAGUGAGUUCGAAUUGAACAACGGAUCGCAAAUUCCCAUUAUGCAGCCCACGCCUACUCGAGUAGUGUUCAAAAAAGUAUGUAUCGUAGACAUCGCAUGCGGCAGUUAUCAUUCUCUCGCUCUGACCAGCGACAGUCAAGUGUAUGCCUGGGGAGAUAAUAGUUAUGGACAGGUUGGUAUCCACAUGCCACAUUAUUCAUAUAGAAUUGAAUACGACCAAAUUCCCAAUAAAGUCGAUGUGCCGAACCUGAUUUCUGGACUAAAAGAGAAGAAUGUGGUCUCUAUCGCUUGUGGCUCAAAGUUCAACAUGGUUGUUACUGACGAGGGCAAAUUGUAUGGUUGGGGCGACAAUAGAAACGGUCAAAUUGACUACAAAUCCGUAAUGAAUGGGUCGAAAUUAUACAAGUGUUAUGUGCACUCAAUCGAAAUUAACGUAAACGACAAAGUGAUAGUUAAGGUGGCUUGUGGAUUUGAGCACACGUUAGUGCUUACUGAUGAAGGAAAAGUCUAUGCCUGGGGCAACAACGAUAAAGGACAAAUAGGUGUUAAUAAUAAUCUGUCAUUUUCCAGUGUGACCAUGGUGGACAUACCCGAGUUGGUUUCGGACAUUGUUGCCUAUGGGAACUUCAGCGUUGCCAUUGAUAAUAAGAAGAAUAUCUAUGUAUGGGGCGACUGUUUCGGUCAGAAUAUUAGCACUCCAUUUCUCACAGGGUUGUCCACUAUUCACGAUGCAUGCGCGUACAGUAAGAUGAGAGUCAUGCACAAGCCGUUGCCUGUAUUGUACAGUGACAUCGAAGAAAUAUUGAAUAUAUAUAUAUCUUUGGGACUUUCUUUCAAUGUUCUGGGAAUGGCGUUCGAUGAUCCGUCAACGAGUGAUUGUAUUAUAGAAGUCGAAGGACAACGUAUUCACGUUCAUAAAGCUAUUCUUCAGAUUCGUUGGCAGUAUUUCGAAUGCCUGGUUCAGCAUGAUUGGACUGAAAAUAAGACAGUGAACUAGAUUCAGUAUACGUUGUAUUGAAGGAAUAUUCCUACAUCGUGUAUAAAGCCUUCUUGAAAU